AUGGCAUCCACUGAGGAAGCUUUGCCGGAGAAACCUACAGAUUUAGCUGAUAAUGGCGGGGACUUCGCGGAUUACGAAUCACAAAGCCAGUCUUCUAUGAUUUUAGAGGCAAGGAUUGCGCUCUUGUCAACCGCUAUCGGAGGUCCAGACCAUAGCUCCAGCAUAGAGCCACCUCCUUACAAGAUUGGAGACGAUUGUUUGGCUUGCUUGAAAGACUUGAAGAGAUGGUUCAAAUUGGUAGACGAACGGCAGUCCAGGUGGGAUGUAGCGGCAGCCGCCGCUCAUUAUAACAUUUUUACCGAUGACCUGCUACCCAUCAUGACCAAUUGGGAACAAUCAUAUUCUGCCGCAGCUACGCUGACAAGAAAAAGGGGUGGUAAAAUAGAGGAUUACCUCAAGAACAAGGCCUAUAAUGACAAAAUAGCUCUUAAUGCUUUGCAAUUAAUGGUGUUAAUGACCUGGCCAUUGAUCUUGACGGACCAAUCCACACAGAAUCAUGUCGAACAUUACUCACGGCUGAAGAAAAGCCAGGUUAUUUACAAGAAGGCAAUUUUGAGUUCAGAAAAUGGCAAGGCACUAAAAGGUGCCGUUAGACUUGCAGUUGAAGUCAUAAAAAUAGAGAAACGCCUUCGAAGCGCGAGAGAUAAUGUAACUUUGAGAUUGGUAUUGAAUUUCCUCAGAAAUGUAGCCGCUAUUGAACCUAGCGACUUAACUCUCAGCAGUAAAAAAUCACUUUCAAAGGGUAUCAAUUCUAGGGAUAUGCUUCCGCCCAAUAUUUCGAAAUCUGACAUUUCUCUUGCUGCUGUUAUAGAGGCUUUCAGCUCCAACAAAGUCUUUGGCCUCUUGUUAACAUUGUCAAGCUCACUCAAUAAAGAAUUUGACGCUGCUUUCAUAAACAUUCCGUUAAUGGAACUCAUGUUCUUUCUUGUGAAAAACGUCAACCACUCCAUUUUGUUACCCAGAGACCCGAAAAGUCAUGGCCGAUCAAAGCAAAGCGUGCGUGAAGAAGGGACCACAGAAGCGGGCCAGGAGCUUUCCAAGCUUCUACAGAAAGAGCAUAUGAUGAGAAAAAAUGUUAUUCAAAAUACUUCCACUCGUCACUCCCGGUUUGGUACAAUGUUGUCGAUCCAGACACCAGAUAAUCGACGAUUAACUGUUUCUGGUGGCCAGAAUCUCCUGAAUGGAGAAUCUGCUCUUCAGAAAAUGGACUCAAGAAAGAAAUGGAACAAAAGAAAUGUUUCGAAAAAUGAAACAGUCGAGGGUCUGCCCAGCAACUUUAUGACUUUCGGUGAAGAAACUACUUAUUGGAGUGAGACAACUGCUCUGAAGUUUAGAAAAUUUAUUGAUGAUUUCAUGAAGUCAGGAUUCAAUGUAUUACUGCAUAGCGCUACAGGCUACUUUACUACUGAAGAUGGUAAUAUGGUAAUUGUGCAUCAGAUCCAGUACCUCUUAUUCUAUGCAUGGUUUCUAAAAUAUCACAGAACUGCACAAAUAGACAACAAGAUUACAAGCUUUGAAGCAAUAUCCUUUGCUCUACGCGACACAGCGUUGAUUUUGGUGGGUCAGCUUCUGCGUAAGGCAGUUGAAACUAAAAUUUGGGCUGUUGUACAUGCCGGAAUGAUCGCCUUCAAGGAGCUUUUCUCUUUGCUGGAAAGUAUGGGAGAAAAUGAAAGAGAAAUAAUAGAUCACAUAGAGCAUCAUAUUUUUCAGGAAGAGCGUCUGAAGCUUUUCUCAGUUUUGCCAAGGACUGCUAGUAACCAUUCCGUCUCUUACGUAAGGAGCUGCAUUCAGCUAGUCCAUGUUCUUCUCAAAAUAUUGGAGUCUAAGGCCAAAGCUUCAGAGCUUGUGGAAAAAGGGUCGGACGCGAUCAGCAACCGUGAAGUAUCGUACGAGGAAGAAGCCAAAAUACUGGCAGAGGAAGAGGGUAUUGAAUUAGAAGAAGCGUUUGAAUUGCUAGACCCUAUGGCCCGGAGACAAAACAUAAACUUCAAACGAGUUCAACGUUCUUUUGCCAACGAAAGCACUGUAAAGACUUAUAUCACAUUCCUUCAAAACUUCAAAGAAUUAGCUGAUGAGGACAUCAAGAAAUGUAUUCAGUUUCUCUAUCGCAUCUUUGUUUCCAUCGAAGAAGAGUCAUUACUGUACCGUAUUGACUUUCUAAUACUAGUGAAGGAGAUGCUCAGUCCGACAGGACUGCCAAUGAUGUCAAAAUCGAAGAAAUACGUAGUCAAAUUUGCUGACAUUUUCAUGACAAGGUUUAAAGAAAGGCUUAAAUCGUCACCAUCAUGGUACGUUGGGAUUCUCUUCCCAGCUAUACACGACAGAGAAGCUGGUCACUACCAAAGGUACGGAGAGGAACUGAAGUUAGACAGUACUGAAAAGGUGGUAACACCCAGUGAAUUCAGACUAGCCAGUCUAAUUGAGGGUAUGAGCAGUUCCGCGGUCUUGGAUUUAAAAUUUGGUGUUAUUGUAUCAACGCUUGUCGAUAAGGAGAAAGAGACUUGCGUGGAGGCUUUGAGAGAUAACUUGAGGCGAUCUUGCGAUACUUUGAAGAGUUGGUUACUUAGCGAGGCUUCGAGAGGAGACAAUACUGUCCACAACCUGCGGGAAAAAUUUGAGGCACCAAACCCUGUUGUUCAAAGGGCGGUUCAUGGAGAUCCCGAUUUUCGAGCGCUAUUAAAACUAUGUGGCUACGUGCCCACGAGGACAACCCAUGAAAAAUGUGUUCUUUCAGAAAAUUCUCAGAUAGCAGAACUUGAGGUAGCUGCCGAUUUGAUCACCAAAUACUUGAACAACACCUUCGAUACACCAAACGGUGAGCCAUCUUCAUUUUAUUUGAAUCGUCCAGCAUUGGAAGGCUCACGCCAUCCAGAAAACGAUGUUAUCAAUGGAAAUACUAUAGGAAAUGAAUAUGAGGCUGAUAAUAUUGAUCAGGAAGAGAAUCAAUAUUUUCAAGCUCUGGCAUAUAAUAUGACUACUGAAGGCCGAAACGAGGACUCGACUGGGAGAGGAGUAGGCCUCAAAAAGAAAAAGCAGGCCGAGAAGAAGGAUCGCAGCAUCAAGAAGAAAAGAAAGAUUAGAGUUGAUGAAAACAGAUUGCCAGAGCUGCCCGGCGAGAUUAGCGAGAGUGUAUCUAGGACAUCAAAGGUGACUAGUGCAGAGUUUAUUAGUGACUCUGAUGAGUCUGAGGACGAAGGAGUAAGAUCUGCAUUUUAUGAAAACGAGAUGUACAUGAGAUAUCUGCUUGACAAGCAUAACGGGUCACUUCCACAUAAUAAGUUUAUCCAGUUUGCAGUUUUCAGUUCUGAAAGAAUGCAAAAUGGUGGUCACACAAUCAACGACUAUACCGAUCUUUUCGACGGACCAGUUCCCAGCCUCUUGGGUCUCAAAAACAGAGAGACCUGUGGUAGUGACAACUUAGCUCCAAGACUGAAUGAAGCGUUAGCCAAAAAGAUUGAGGAAAAGUCACCACUGUCAAUUCCUCAAGAUAACACUUUCGCAAAUGACUUGCCAACGAAUCUUACCAGCAGCCGUUCACUGUCUCCGAAUUCUUCCACAGAGGCUAGCGGUCAGAAUGACACCGACGCUUCGACCGAUAACGAGAGAAUGAACAACACCACUCAACUCAAGAAAAGGAGAAGAUUGAGAAUUGAUGACGACGAUGACGAUGAGUAA